CUUAUUUAUUAUAUCUAGGUAUUUAUAUUGAUAUUUUGAAAAAUAAAUAUUUAAAUAUUUAAUACCUAAAAAAAAUAGUUGUCGCAUCGACGAACCGGAGCGAUUAACAUAAAUACGUUUUCAUAUUCAAUCAAGUUUUUUUAUACUUUAACAUAAAAUCGGGUACGGAUGAACGGAGGGAUAAAAACGUUUUUUUUUUCUACGAAAAUGUAAAUGCGCUAAAAAAUUUUGUGCCAGUUUCUGAAUAAUAAAUAUUCUUUUUUUGAAUGAAGAAAUAAUAAUUCAACAACAUAAUGAAAUUACAAAAUACAAUAAUAAACAUAACUUUGUACAAAGUUGCGGAUGCCACGUGACUUUAAAGGAAUACGCAUGAAGUCACGUUGAUUGCAACGUUAUAUGCGCUAUAAUUACCAAGGUAUACGUAUUUUACUAUAGGUACCUUGAGUUUGUAAGUGUUGAGAAGUACUGGAAAUACUUAUUUAUUACAAAUUUGAAAAGUGAAAAAUGGAAGAACAAUUUAAGGAAAAACACACCAUUCAUUGGUUCAGGCGUGGAUUGAGACUUCAUGAUAACCCAGCUUUGCGAGAAGGCUUAAAAAACGCCAAAACCUUUCGUUGUAUAUUCAUAAUUGAUCCAUGGUUUGCUGGUACAUCAAAUGUUGGAAUAAAUAAAUGGAGAUUUCUUCUUCAAUGCCUUGAAGACCUUGAUUCAAAUUUGCGGAGGCUUAACUCUCGUUUAUUUGUGAUACGCGGUCAACCUGCUGAUACACUUCCAAAGCUUUUUAAGGAGUGGUCAACUACUUGCCUUACAUUUGAAGAAGACCCUGAACCUUUUGGACGUGUAAGAGAUCACAACAUAACGGAAAUAUGUAAAGAGCAAUCUGUAGAAGUGAUAACAGCAGUGUCACAUACAUUAUAUAAAUUGGAAAAAAUAAUUGAAAAAAAUGGAGGAAAAGCACCUUUUACAUAUCAUCAAUUUCAAGCUGUAAUCGCUUCUUUAGAGUCUCCUCCACCAGCUGAACCUUCGAUCUCCCUAGAGACACUAAAUCAUGCUGGAACUCCCGUUGAUGAUGACCAUGAUGAAAAAUACGGAGUACCUUCUUUAGAAGAAUUAGGAUUUGAUGUUAACGGACUGAAACCAGCCGUUUGGAUAGGAGGAGAAACCGAAGCUCUAGCACGUUUAGAACGCCAUUUAGAACGAAAAGCUUGGGUUGCUUCGUUUGGAAGACCUAAAAUGACACCUCAAUCACUUUUAGCUAGUCAAACUGGAUUGUCUCCAUAUUUACGCUUUGGUUGUUUGAGUACAAGACUUUUCUAUUAUCAAUUAACAGACCUCUAUCAAAAAAUUAAGAAAACUACUCCACCAUUAUCUCUUCAUGGACAAUUACUUUGGAGAGAAUUCUUUUAUUGUGCUGCAACAAAAAAUCCUAAUUUCGAUAAAAUGGUUGGGAAUCCCAUUUGUGUUCAAAUGUGUUGGGAUAAAAAUCCCGAGGCACUUGCAAAAUGGGCAAACGGUCAAACAGGAUUUCCUUGGAUAGACGCAAUAAUGCGGCAACUUCGAGACGAGGGUUGGAUUCAUCAUCUUUCAAGACAUGCUGUUGCAUGUUUUUUAACACGGGGAGAUUUAUGGAUAUCAUGGGAAGAAGGCAUGAAGGUUUUUGAAGAGCUUCUUUUAGAUGCUGAUUGGUCUGUAAACGCAGGCAUGUGGAUGUGGCUUUCAUGCUCAUCAUUUUUUCAACAAUUCUUUCACUGCUAUUGUCCAGUCAAAUUCGGUAGAAAAGCAGAUCCAAAUGGUGAUUUCAUUCGAAGAUAUAUUCCUCCAUUAAAAAACUUUCCCACGCGAUAUAUUCAUGAGCCGAAACUGGCACCAGAGACUGUACAGCGUGCUGCGAAAUGCAUAGUCGGUAAAGAUUAUCCAUUACCUAUGAUUGAUCAUUUGAAAGCCAGUCGAAUAAAUAUGGAACGUAUCAAGCAAGUGUACCAACAAUUAACAAAAUAUCGGGGAUCAGAACUUGAAAAUGACAAAAUUAAUUUUCAAUUGGUUAAUAUGCUUAAAGCUGCUAAAUCUCAUUCAGGGAUCCCCACAUCCACUCCAAGUCCUACUACAUUACUUACAACUGUCAACAAUUCUGGUGAUUAUUUAUGUCGUACUCAAAUAAUACCUAGUUCACCUAACAUAACAUACCACAAGACAAAUAAAUCUUUUGAAUGUCGUGCUGAGCUUUUGGGAAAUUGCGAGCGUAUAGAAGUAGAAAAAAAAAAUAUUGUUCAGACCUCUGAUGGUAAUACAACAGAACACCAAAUUAUCCCAUUUGUUAAAAUAACACAAAGUUCUAAUAGUGAAACUCAAUGAAUAAGCUAUAAAUUAAGAUUUAAAAAAAACAA